CACCACAACGACCAGGCCGGGUCCUUCUCUUCCCACAUCCACUUCCGCCAUUCUCGACGCCUUACCAGCUGCCCGCACGGCAGCGCCGCCCGCCAUUGAUCGCCUGCACCCAUCGCAUCUCGAUCUCCCGUGCCUGGCGACUCUUUUCGACACUUGCGUUGGCGGCAUGCACCUCGACCAGCUCGCGAAACUCGCGUAGACCAUCGCCCGUACACAACACCUUGGGCACCCAACCAUCGGCGCAUCGCCCCUUGCGCAACUGCCGCGUGCCAUACGGCGCAACGCCAGCCGACCUAUCCUCCUCGAGCACCGCGCCUGCGCUACACAAACUCCUCAAGAUGGGCCCCUCGCCGGUGUCAACCGCCCUCUGCAGCGCGCUGCUGCUUGCCACGGCACGGCUCGCCUCGGCCUCGUCCGAGAACGGAAAGGAGGCGCUGCUGCCCUCGUACCACUACGGCGCGCCCAUCCCCAUUGAGUGCAUGAACCGGAGCAUAGAAACGGGCGAACACAUCUCGGACGAGAACGAGCAGAUCCAAUGGAUCCCCUUCCCUGAAUGCUCCGAGUCGGGCAGGUCCCUCGAGUUUCACUACGGCGUCGAGACGGAGCUCAACUGCACCAUCCCCAUGAUCGACGACCCCUUUUUCCACCUGCUCGAGUUCUACGUGCACAACGACGCCCCCCUAGCCUGCCGCCUGCCCUCGCGGCCGGCCGCGCAGGUCGAGAUCGUGGGCGAGUCCCCGCCCGAGCAGGAGUAUAUCCCGCUCGUCUUUGCGCUCGCGGGCACCCUGCAGAAGUCGCACCUGCACAUCAGCACGCACCUCAACGUGCUCCUCCACUCGGUGCCAAAGCACCACCUGCACCACCAUGACUCGGGCGUCCUCGACUCGGGCGCCGCCUACAGCACCAGCCCGCUCAGCCACAUGGCCGGCACUGCCUCGAAGCGCCUCGUCAUCGGUGAUCCCCUCCCGCUGCAGUUCAGCGUCCGCUGGUUCCCCACCCCCGCCCUGCCCAAGACUGAGGGCACCGUCGAGUGGCAAGGGAUGGGCGGGCAUGUCUAUGCCAGCACCAUAUUCUACGCCCUCGUCAGCUUCACCGCUGGCACGCUCGCGUCUGCCGUGUACUUCUUCGGUGUGAUCCUGCCAAAGAGGCUGCGCGGCCGGGGAAUGGGAGGAGCCACGCCGCUGGGCUACGGGGUGAACGGGGUUGGCAACGGCUGGGGGAUAUCAAAGAGGAUAGACUGAUGGCGGGGGAGGAGAUGGCGAAAGGGGGAGAUACCCCCCGGUUACGGUGUGCGAAAUAUGUGUCGAAAAGGGAAACGAAAAUGUGUAAUGGCGGAGGCCUGGGCCCGGCCCGGGGGACAAUACGUGUACAACUUACGACGCGACGAUA